AAGCCUGUAAGGAGCCAGAGCUCCUCCAUCAUGACACUGCACAACCUGGGCACCCGAUAAGGCUGGUGUCCCCACCCGAGCACAGGCAGGGGACCCAGCAGGGCUCAGAGCUCCGUAUGGCGCAGAGGGCUCUUAUCACCAGCCUGCAGCUGGCCAAGGGGAGGGGUGAUGCAGGGAUUCCCACGAUGCAUCUCUGCAAACAUCAUGGGGACACUGUGGGAACACUCCUUUCUAGCCAUGAUCUGGUGAGGUCCAGUGAGCGGAGAGCAAACUGAAGGUGUCUGGCCCCAUCUGAACCCUUUUUUCCUCCCGUCAGCCUGCAUUUCCACUUUCAGCAGGGAACAUGUCUCUGCUCCUGCUGAUGUUCUGCAGAAAUGCUCAUUUCCAAGAUGGAGGGAGAAGAGAUGGAGACCCUGGCCAAUGAAGAGGAGAGGAGCGAAAGAGCUGAUUUCACCUUGGACCCGAACACCGCCAACCCCUUCCUCCUCCUGGCUGACGAUGGGCGAGAUGUGAGACGUGGGGACGUGUGGGCAUCACUGCCCGAUGGCCCCGAGCGCUUUGGCACGGAGCCGUGCGUGCUGGGAGACCGCGGCUUCUCCUCGGGGCAGCACUGCUGGGAGGUGGAGGUGGCUGAUGGUGGUGAUUGGUGGGCGGUGGGGGUGGCCCAGCACUCCGUCAGGAGGAAGGGGGUCCUCAGUUUUACCCCCCAGGAGGGGAUCUGGGCUGUGGGGCAGUGGUUCGGGCAGUACUACGCUUUCACCUGCCCUGACUGGACAGCCCUGCGCCUCGCCCAGCUGCCCAGGGCCAUCCGGGUCUCCUUGGACUUUGGGGGCGGGCAGGUGGUAUUUGCUGAUGCUGAAAGCAAAGACCGGAUCUUUGCCUUCUGCCUGGCUUCACGUCCCGAGGAGAUGCUAUACCCGUGGCUUUGGGUGGGAAAGGACUCGUGGCUGAAGCUGUGCCCCUGAUGUGGAGGGAGCACGGAGCACAGGGGCAAAACUGGGAAGAAGGAAACCAUCAGCCUGGCUCUCAGUGCGGGGCACUGGGAGAGCUGCACAUCCUUGCUGGUUGGUCAUUCCUCACGUGGUCCCUCUGGCCACCAAGCAGAAGAUUGGAGAUGGAUGUGGAACUGGAAGGUCUUGGGGAUGGAUGCAACACAGGAGCUUCUCCGUCCCCCUCCGCCCCACAGCAGGGGGGCACCGAGGAGAUCACUGCAAGGGGACCCUGGGACUGAGAGGUGGGACUGCUCAUUGGCUCUGUGCAUGGCCAUGAGAAAUACAGCAGAACCAAAUGCCUUGAAAGCUGCUGAGUGCCAUGUCUGGCUUUUUUCAGAUAAGCUCAAUGAUGAAAUAAAAAAUAUAAAAACA